UUACGUAUUAAAAUUCAUGUCAAUCCAAACCUUAGGCAAAUGAGUGAUUCCUGAACGAUAUUUUUGUUUCGCUAAUUGUAUUUGAAUUGUUGUUCCGAGGGUAAUUUUAUAUAGAUAUCACAAUUUCUUGAUUAGCCACAAUGCCUAAGAAGGACAAAAAAGACAAGAAAGAGAAAAAGGAAAAAAAGGAGAAGAAGAAAAAUGUUCUCAACGAAAAAGACACUGUUUUCUAUGAGCAGCAAAUUCUUGAUAAUAAUAAGCAACUCUCACGUGGAUGAAGAAUGAUUGCAGGGUACGCGCACGCAACGAAGAAUUAGAACAUGGAAUGGAAAUCCUAAAGCAGGAGGUACGACAACUUGAAGAAGAUCGGGCCGAUGUAGUUGCACAUCUGGAACUUGUUUUACGCCAGAAAAUUGAAGAAGCAAAUGAACUCAGCGAAAGAUUAGCAGCUCUGGAAGAAUUACGCAAAGAAGAACAAAUUGCUUUCAAGAAACGAGAAGCUGCCCUGGAAAUGGAAUAUCGUAAUAUGGAGAAUACCCUUUCUGCAGAAAUAAAGCUAGCUGCUGGGAAGUUAAAUGCUUUGGAAGACUGGCGAACCGCAAGGAUUGAGUUAUUGCGUAAGUUUGAGAUACAAGAAGAGCGAAUGACAGAACAGGAAGAACGUCACAAAAGACUUCUCUACGAAGCUGAGAAAGAGUUAAUAAUUAACAAGGCGAGAAUGAAAAAAGAGAUGGAAGAAAGAUUAAUGCAAUUGGCACAGAACUUUAGGGAUGCAACAAACAUAAGAAUAGCUGAUGCAACGCACCGUGCAAUUCGGGAGAAUAUUGCUUUGAACAAAGAAUUAGAUGCAAUGCUUCAAGUUUGCCGGGAUCUUGAUACAAAAACUAAACAGUGUAAAGAGAAGCAUCGUACCCUGAAGCUACAAGCUUCACUUUAUGAAAAUGAGGCAAAGAUGGCUUUAAAUAAAACUCUGAAACAAAAUCGAACUAUUGAAAAGCUGGCCAAGGAUCACUACAAGAUGACACUCGAAUGUGGAAAACUACAGAGAGCGGAGGCUAAGGUACGACAUAUCGAGCAGCUUGCUCAAGAGUAUAAAGACAAAUGUCGAGAUGUGGAAGAAAAAGUAAGAAUUUUGGAGCAGCAUACACAACAAGCAAAAUAUAAUGAAAAUGAAGUAAUGAAGGAAUUGUCUUCAAACUGCGAGGAAAUCCAAAGGCUUAGCAAGAUUUUACGUGAGGCAAGACAAUGUGUCGCCGAAGUUUUAAAGAUUCAAGCAGGAGAUGCUUACGAAAAUAUCUGCACGGCUUGUUACCCUAAUGUUAAAGAAAGACUAUUAUGUAGCCUUCUUGAGAUCUUGGGAAAAGAACAAACUGGAAUGAAGGAAGAAUCUCAAAUUAAACACAGCAAAUACACACUGGGUGACUUAGGUCUCGUCCCAAGUAGAAUUACAAAUGAAUGUCAACUGACAUUAGAACCAGAGGAGUUUGAUAGAGAGCAAAGUCAAGCAAGAAGUGACGACGAUGAAAAAUUAGAAGAAAAUAUACUAAAUAGCGCAGACGAGAGUUUCGAAGAAAAUAUCAGAGCAGAAGCAGAAGAAGAUGCGGAAAACUUGAUCACCAUACCAUCAUGUCUUCUUUCAGACCCUGGCAGUUCAGAUCUUCCAUCUCCUCUCGAAACUAUAUCAGACCCUUCAUUAAAAAAUAUUGACACAAAUAUGUAAAUUCUAGUAGCAAUCGUUUGUCAUAAUAGUUAGAAAAACGAAGUUAAUUACCACUGUGAAAUGUGAACACAAUUACUGAUU